AGAAGGGUCUCGACCCGUAACGUCAUCUAUUCCUUCUCUCCAGAGAUGCUGCCUGACCCGCUGAGUUUACUCCGCCUUUUUGUGUCUAUCACACUUGAUGCAAUGUUGUGAUUUGACCAAGCCUCUGGUCUCAAUUCGCAAAUAAUCCACGCCGGGACGUGCAUUAGUUUUGUUAUAGGAUGGUGGGUCAGUAUCCUACAGCUUUUUAGGAAAUAAAACGCUGAAGUACAACCCCGGCCCGCCUCAGCAACCCUGCAUUCGUCCUAAAGGCGAUUAUAAUACUGCACUUCCCUUGUGCAAACGAUGCCUGCGGCAAUGUGAUCGAUCCUUCUAGCGCAGGAGGCGGUCUUUCCCGAAGGGAUCGAGAGGCGUCUUCAGCAAAGUCGAACGCACAAACUGCUGGGAUGAAUACGGAAAAUUUCUCUCUAUGUGAAAAGAUAGUCUCCCCUUCAUACAUUCGCCAAGGUUUACAGGCCCAUCGCACACAUGAACACUUAAUUCGGCUAUUAAUAGAAAAGGGUAAGUGUCCAGAAGAUGAAUGGGAUGAGAACACUAUUGAGCUUUUUCUACACGAGCUGGCUAUUAUGGAUAGUAAUAACUUCCUUGGUAAUUGUGGAGUUGGAGAGAGGGAAGGUAGAGUGGCCUCAAGCCUGGUUGCUCGAAGACAUUACAGGUUGAUGCAUGGGAUUGGAAGGUCAGGUGAUAUUGCAGCUAUUCAGCCUAAAGCAGCAGGAUCCAGCCUCCUGAAUAAAAUAACAAACUCUCUUAUGUUGGACAUUCUUCGAAUUGCAGGUGUCCGAAGUGUAUCGAGCUGCUUUGUGGUUCCAAUGGCAACAGGGAUGAGCCUGACUCUUUGCUUUCUUGCACUACGCCACCGGAGACCUAAAGCAAAGUUUAUCAUCUGGCCAAGGAUUGAUCAAAAAUCGUGCUUCAAAUCCAUGAUCACAGCAGGUUUUGAACCUGUCGUGAUUGAGAAUUUGCUUGAGGGAGAUGAAUUACGCACAGACCUGCAGAGUGUUGAGAGCAAGAUCCAACAGCUGGGAGCAGAAAAUGUCCUCUGUGUUCACUCCACUACUUCUUGCUUUGCACCAAGGGCACCUGACAGAUUGGAAGAACUGGCUCAGAUUUGUGCAAAAUAUGAUGUCCCUCACAUAGUCAAUAAUGCCUAUGGAGUACAGUUGUCCAAGUGCAUGCACCUCAUUCAGCAGGCAGCCCGCGUUGGCCGAAUAGAUGCCUUUGUGCAAAGCUUGGACAAGAACUUCAUGGUUCCUGUGGGUGGCGCUAUAGUUGCUGGUUUUGAUGAUAUCUUCAUACAAGAAAUCAGCAAAAUGUACCCAGGCCGAGCUUCAGCUUCACCCUCAGUGGAUACUCUCAUAACCUUGCUGUCACUUGGUGUGAAUGGAUACAAGCGCCUCUUGAAAGAGAGAAAGGAAAUGUUCAGUUAUCUUUCCAGCGAAAUCAAGAAGUUGUCCGAAGCUCAUGGUGAAAGACUUCUGGAGACCCCAAAUAACCCUGUAUCUUUGGCAAUGUCCUUGACGAGAUUCCAUGAGCGCAGUGACAGGGCUGUCACUCAGCUUGGAUCGAUGCUUUUCACCAGACUGGUAUCUGGAGCCAGAGUUGUUCCAGUCGGCACGAAACAAGAUAUAAAUGGCUACACUUUCCAAGGGUUCAUGUCCCACACUAAUUGCUAUCAGUGCCCUUACUUGAAUGCUGCAUCAGCCAUUGGAAUAAAAAAACAAGACGUUGACCUUUUUAUUAAAAAACUGGACAAAUGUCUCAAGAUCCUGCUGAAAGAGAAAGUGAUUUCAGGAGCAGAAAUGGAAACUGGAACGGCAAUGCUGGAAAAGUCUAGUGACACUGAUAUGGGGCAAUUGUCAGAAUUCGUCCAGAAUAAUCUAAAGAUUGGGGCUGAUAUGGUAAAUCAGCCUGUCUGACGCCCAUUAAAUCACCGUCCUUGCUUAAUUCAGAGGUGAACAUUCCGAAGUGCAUGUCUGAAAAAUAAUUCUGAUGUGGGAUUGUGAAACGAUUCUGAUUCAUAUGAGGAGCUAAUGCUUCUGUCAUAGUCCGGCGAGAAUGGUGAAGCAAUAAAUUAACUACGGUGAUCUAUAACUACUUAAUAAUUGGCUGUCAGUUUAAUAUAUAUAUAUAUAUAUAUAUAUUGCAGCUGAAAUUUAGAUUGGGUGUUGGGGGGGGCAGGGGGAAGAGGGAAGAAAGGCAAAAUUAAAAAAUGGAUUUGGAAUAUUAUAUAGUAUUUUUGAAUUUGUACUGCCACUGCUGAUAUAUCCUAUAAAUGCUUUCUCCUGUGGAAAACAUAAAUUCUGUUUAACAUUGUGGAGUUUCCUUUGUUUAUUAAAAACUGUUAGAAUAUGUGUAUAUAAAACUGGUGUGUACGAAAAACAUUCAAUACAUUCAAUACGAGCAGUUCCUGUACUUCCAUAUGAUGAGGAUUGGAAAUGAUGAAUGAUGUAUUUCUUCUUAUCAAAUGGAUUAUUUGGUAGCCCAGAAUUGCUUAAGAAACCACUUAUCUCCUUUGCACUGGGCAAUAUUGGGCUUCAGCUCUUCAGACAUUUGUCAAAUCAAAUCCGCUGCAGACUACAUGGAAAAGAGCCAGGCAUCAUUUCACUUGAGACACUUAACAGGCUAUACUGACAGAGUUAACACCCUCAAAGUGAGUUAUCAUUUUGCAACAGGAUUAUAGACCAGAAGCCUAGUUCUUCUUGGGGCUCAAUUGAAUACAGACCAAAUUGUGGCUUUUUUUCCCUCUCUCUGCAGUAUGGGAUGUCUUUUGCAGUUAAGAUUUAGUUUAAAAGGAAAGUAAAUAUGAUUUUCUGACCGUGAUUGCAUUUGAAGAAUCCCGUUACUCUAUAUAACCACUCAGUCAUAGAGCUGCAUAAGAUGGAAACAAGCCCUUUGGCCGAGCUCAUCCAUGCCCAUCAAGCUGCUGAGCUGAGCUAGUUCCAUAUGCCUGGCUCAUGCCCCUCCAAUCCUUCCCUAUCCAUUCACCCAUCUAAGUGACUUUUAAAAGCUUUUAAUGUACCUGUGUGUACUACUUCCUCCAGCAGCACAUUCCACAAAUGCACCACAUUCCGUGUGGAAAAGUUGCCCCUCAUGCCCCCUUUAAAUCUUUCCCCUCUUGCCUUAAACCUAGGCCCUAGUUUUAGACUCCCCUGCCCUAGGGAAAAGAUUGUGGUUGCUCACCUUAUCUAUGCCCCUCAUGAUUUUAUAAAGGUCUAGCCUCCUCAGCAACCUUCACUUCUGGCAAAUAAAAGACCCGCCCUAUCCGACAUCUUGUCAUAACUCAAACUCUGUUCAAAAGAAGCAAGAGAACAAUGGGACCAAAUGACUAGGUACAGUGGCUUGCAAAGGUAUUCACACCCCUUGAACUUUUCCACAUUUUGUCACGUUACAACCACAAACGUAAAUGUAUUUUAUUGGGAUUUUAUGUGAUAGACCAACACAAAGUGGCGCAUAAUUGUGAAGUGGAACGAAAAUGAUACAUGGUUUUCAAAUUUUUUUACAAAUAAAAAACUGAAAAGUGUGGCGUGCAAAAGUAUUCAGCCCCCUUUACUCUGAUACCCCUAAAUAAAAUCCAGUGCAACCAAUUGCCUUCAGAAGUCAUCUAAUUAGUAAAUGGAGUCCACUUGUGUGUAAUCUAAUCUCGGUAUAAAUACAGCUGUUCUGUGAAGGCCUCAGAGGUUUGUUAGAUAAUAUUAGUGAACAAGCAGCAUCAUGAAGCCCAAGGAGCACACCAGACGGGUCAGGGAUAAAGUUGUGGAGAAGAUUAAAGCAGGGUUAGGUUAUAAAAAAAUAUCCCAAGCUUUGAACAUCUCACGGAGCACUGUUCAAUCCACCAUUCAAAAAUGGAAAGAGUAUGGCACAACUGCAAACCUACCAAGACAUGGCCGUCCACCUAAACUGACAGGCCGGGCAAGGAGAGCAUUGAUCAGAGAAGCAGCCAAGAGGCCCAUGGUAACUCUGGAGGAGCUGCAGAGAUCCACAGCUCAGGUGGGAGAAUCUGUCCACAGGACAACUAUUAGUUGUGCACUCCACAAAUUGGGCCUUUAUGGAAGAGUGGCAAGAAGAAAGCCAUUGUUGAAAAAAAGCCAUAAGAAGUCCCGUUUGCAGUUUGCCACAAGCCAUGUGGGGGACACAGCAAACAUGUGGAGAAAGGUGCUUUGGUCAGAUGAGACCAAAAUUGAUGUUUUUGGCCUAAAUGGAUGGAGCCAAGUACAGGGCAAUCUUGGAAGAAAACCUGUUAGAGUCUGCAAAAGACUUGAGACUGGGGUGGAGGUUCACCUUCCAGCAGGACAACGACCCUAAACAUACAGCCAGAGCUACAAUGGAAUGGUUUAGAUCAAAGCAUAUUCAUGUGUUAGAAUGGCCCAGUCAAAGUCCAGACCUAAAUCUAAUUGAGAAUCUCUGGCAAGACUUGAAAAUUGCUGUUCACAGACACUCUCCAUCCAAUCUGACUGAGCUUGAGCUAUUUUGCAAAGAAGAAUGGGCAAAUAUUUCAGUCUCUAGAUGUGCAAAGCUGGUAGAGACAUACCCCAAAAGACUUGCAGCUGUAAAUUGCAGCGAAAGGUGGUUCUACAAAGUAUUGACUCAGGGGGGCUGAAUACUUUUGCACGCCACACUUUUCAGUUUUUUAUUUGUAAAAAAUUUGAAAACCAUGUAUCAUUUUCCUUCCACUUCACAAUUAUGCAGCACUUUGUGUUGGUCUAUCACAUAAAAUCCCAAUAAAAUACAUUUACGUUUGUGGUUGUAACGUGACAAAAUGUGGAAAAGUUCAAGGGGUAUGAAAACUUUUGCAAGCCACUGUAGUCGUUCCAUUUUUUGCAUUGUAUUUUAAAUGAAAGGGAACAUUCCCAAAAUGCUUUUGAUUUCCAAUUCUGCUCCAGUCACGGUUCACCAUAUCUGAAAACCUUGACAAUCUUUGGAUUCUACAUUUGAUUAUUGGAGCAUCAUCCAAGUUAGCUUCCCUUGUUUGACAUCGGUAAAUUUGUGGUGCUUGUGUUCUGACUCACGCAAAGUGCUUUUCACCCAGCCACCUCUAGAGGCUCCCUGUGCCACAGAACGUUUAUUUUGAAGUUCACCUGUGCUUAGGAAACCCUUUAUGGCUUUACCCUUCCUCAACUUUGGAAUUUCAAAGACAUCUUCUGCCUUUCCAUAUCUUUCAUGCUCAGGUCUGACUUCUGAUUCAGAUUCAGAUUCAAUCUUUAUUGUCAUUGUGCAGUGUACAGUACAGAGACAACGAAAUGCAGUUAGCAUCUCACCCAGAAGAGCGAACAUAGAAUAAUGGAACAGUAAAAUAUAUAUAUGUACAUACAGUCUAUUCUUCAAACCUGCAAUUACCUGCUGCAUCAUUGGCAACUGGAUCUUCAACUGCUGCGGCCAGUGAUCAGGAAUUUCCU